GGAUAACAGAGACAGGGAUCGUGACAGGAAUCAAGCUAGCACCAUGCCAUUCGUAUCAGGUCUCAACUUCCAAGCACAAACCAACGGUAUUGCGAUCUCCUCGUCUGCAUCGUCUUCUCGUCCCCCUUCAUGGAAUACAAUAGAUCGUGAUGAUCCCUACAGGCCUAAUUCAAUGCAUCCUUCUUCGAGUCGCCGCCCGUCCUCCUCCAAUGCAUCUUCAUCAAGUCCCAUUCAUACACACGGGUCAAUCCUUCCCGGACCAUCAUUAACUGCAACAUCAUCGACGAUAUCUCCACCCCGAACAAGGGCUUUACCGCCUCGUGCCGCCAGCCCAGCCGUGGCUGCGGCAAAUGAUACCGGCCCUUUAGGUCCAGCGGAGUCGCGAAUACAUUCCCCACCACCAUACCGAGAGCGUUCCCCACUUCCGACGUCACAAAUUCAGACCAAUCCUAGUCAUAAUGCCAUUACAAAGGUCCCACCAAGUUCAUCACCUCCACCUACUAAUACAUUGGUAUCCCAUGUGCUCCCGACGAAUAUUGGAACAUUACUUCCUCCUAGCCCUCUACCUACAUCGACCUCAGCAAGUGCUUCGAGUUUUGGACCCUCGAACAUCGACAAAAACAGUGCCUUUGUGAAAAAUAUAAACGCUACUGUUACAUCACCGCUGUUCAUUUCGCCUCCGAACCCGAGUAUCAGUAAUCGAACAACUGACGCUUCUCUGGGCCCUUCAACGCCGAAGCGGAUGGCCAUGGAGCAGAUGGAAGAUGGACAUUCCUAGUUAUAUUUCAUCUGUAAUUGCCUGGAUUAUUCGUUUGUUUAACAGAUUUUUCUUCUUGCUCCUUUAUAGUACUACAGUUGCUAUCAGCCUCAUACUCCUUGAAGGUUUUCCUCGGCCCUACAUAAAUAUGUUAAAAUACUUGGGCUUUGAAUGUCUAUAACAAUAUAAUUCCCUA